GUAACAUCUGUAAUUUUAGACCUGUUAAGAAAUGUGCAUUCAAAUUUUAGCAAUGCAUAGAUAUUAUUAAGGUGAAUUGAUUAACAUAAAUUUUGUUUGCCAAAAUAACACUUGUUUGCUUGUCCCAGGGCUCUUUUUUUUUGCUGACAACUCCAUAACUUAAGAAAUAUGUUGUCAGGGCAUGGUGAUUUGUUUAGUAAUAAUGUACUUAGUUUGUUGCAGACACCGUAGCUUUAACUCCUACUCCCAUACCAAACGUAAAUUUUUUCUUAAGCUUUUAUUAGAAGCCAAUUUUUUCAUGUUAAAAUAUGGUUAGCUAGCUGUAUCUAACUAAUACUACAUAGCUAAGCUAGUUUUUUAUGCCAACUGCAUUGAGUGUGCAUUAAAAGUUAAACCAGGUGUAACCACUAAGCACCUCAGCUUAGUGGUUAUAACUCUCACACUAUUUCUGGGAAAUCAGGCUUGAUUCCCCUUGGCGGCGAUUCGAUAUGGGUGAGUGUUACCCUAGCCCUGGGUUAAUGUGAGGCAAAUUGGGGAGAUAGCACACUGUGGGCUGUUGGAUGUUGCAGUGAGUUGUUUGGCGGAGCACGGAACCUAAUUGGUUAUGCAUAGCUUGAAGUGAGCAUUAAAUAAUUUAAGAUAGAAAGAUCGCUCCUGGAAAUAAUGAACAGGGUAUAUCCCUCAAUAUUUGUAUUAGAAUCUCCUACCUUUGUGUGUAUAAGAAAAUAAUCAUCCAAUUGUAGCUAAGGGUGAGAAAAACUAAAUUGCAGUUUAUUAUUUGUUAUAUUUGCUAGCUGAAAAAAAUUGUUUUUUGAUCAGUGAUUUGUCAUUCAUUUGUAUCAUCCUUUUCAUUCAAAAGACUGCAUUUCCUGUACAAGGUCUGUGCCAUAUAAAAGCAAGUGAAAUGUCCAAUCAAGGACACGAUUUGCCAUAGUUAACUAAGUGUGAAUGACCAGCUUUGUCAAAAUAUGAGUAAAGGUCCUUAUUUUAGAUAAUGUUUUGAAUGUAUAUAAUUCUUCUGAUACCUGACAAAAUUUGUUUGAAUUUAAAGGCUUUUUUUCUUGUUUUUGUACUGAGAUUUAAAUUGUUUUAAUUUUAUUUUACUGAACAAAUAUUUCUUUACUUGAAAAUGUUUUUUCAUUUUUUCCUUAAAUUUUGAGAUUUUGUAGAAAUAAAACUUCUUUGUUGUGUUUUAAGAAAGAAAAUGUUGCAAAAAAUUACGUUAAGUUAUUUUAAGUUAUGUUAUAUAACCUAUGCAUAUAUUAUGCGUACAUAUAUAUUUUUUUCGACUUUUUAUGUAACCAACCCUCCUUAAAUUUCCCUCUUGUUAGAUUUUCUUCUUAGCAUAAUAUUGCCUAAUAAUAAACGUUUAGCAGAUACUGAUGUGUUUACGAAGGAAAAACAAUGACAGCACUUGAAGAAAAUGUUUCUUUAUAUUAUAUUGAUAAAUUCAUUGACAUUACACUAAAGAAUAAUACAAAGAUAUCUGGUGAAUGUUUCACAAUAGAUCCUGUUACAAAUUCAGUUGUUAUUCUAGCUGAAGACCAUGGUGUUCAAAAUGCAUUUCAACUGCAAAUUAUAUUGCUGCAUGCAAUUGAAUGUAUUAAAAUUGGAAUAAUUAGUGAUUCAUUUAAAACACCUGAAUACAGAGAAUUUAAGAACACAUUUGUAAAUGUUGUGUUUGGGUCCACAGAUAAUAAAAACAAGAACUACAGUGAUGGGGAAAUUCUUGAACGUCAAAGCAGGAUGAAAGAUUGGUUAGAGUUGAACCGCCUUCCAGUUUCCCUUACAAGUGAAAAUAUUUUAUCUGUUGUUAAUGGACUUGCAUUGAUUGAGCCACCAUACAAUGUUGAAUCAUGUCGAAGUACAAACACAAUUGUAUUGGACCGAGUAAUGAGAAUUGUAAAAUCAUGCCCAACUUUAGAGAAUUGACUAUAUUGUACCAUGACUGAACAUUUUACAUACACUUAAUUGGUUAUUUUUGAAAAUGAAACAUAGUUUAUGAUUUUAAACAAAAUGUUUCAAUGGUCAUCUUUGGGUUAACAAAUUUUUCUAGUCAAAUUUUUCAGAAGAUUAAUGCUGUUUAAGCACAUUUUUAUUCAUUCAGUUUUAAUUUGAUCACUGAAUUCUGAACAAUUAGUUACUAAUAAUUUAAUAUUUUUAAUGAGCUUUUGUUGUAUAUAGUUAUUUAUAAAUUUACAUUUUUGUUUUUUUCCACAUUUUUUAUACUCUGGAAUUAUCCUGGACUUCAUGCUAAAAAAUUAAAAUUUUUGUCUUCUUAUGCUUUUAGAACACUUAUAAAGAAAAGGUUUAUAUAGCCAGGUAAACUGUAUUUUGUAAACUAAUAUAUGAUGGUUAUUACCUAUGCAGGCUACAAAA